UUUAACUGAAAUCCAACUAACACACAUUCUGUCCUCGUCUUCUCCGCCCACAUCUCAUUCUUGUUUCCCUCCUUUCUGCUUUACACUAUAGCCUACUCUCAUAACUCAUUUUCUUCAUCUCUCUAAUUCCAAUGGCUUCUCUCUCUAAAUUAUAUCUCUCCUCUUCUGCCUCCCCUGCUAUCUCCUUCUCAUUUUCCCUUUCCUCCACUACUCCUUUUCAAUGGCGUCCUUCCAAUGCCUUACCUCCAAAACCUCGCCGAAAGCCUACCAGAGUUUCCGCCAAAAUCCGCGAGAUCUUCAUGCCGGCUCUUAGCUCAACCAUGACUGAAGGAAAGAUCGUCUCCUGGUCUAAAUCAGAAGGUGAUGUUCUCCGUAAAGGUGAAUCUGUUGUAGUUGUCGAAUCCGAUAAAGCCGACAUGGACGUCGAGACCUUCUAUGAUGGUAUUCUUGCUGCCAUUGUUGUUCCUGAAGGUGAAACUGCUCCUGUUGGUGCUCCUAUUGGAAUCUUAGCUGAAUCCGAGGAUGAAAUCGCUGAUGCCAAAGCUAGGGCUUCUCUAUCCGGAUCAAAAUCACCUGAACCUAAAUCUGUUCCUCCACCAUCGCCAGCCAAUCCUCCGCCUUCUACUCCACCUUCGAUUCCCACAGAAGGUGGCAGUAAAGGCGUUGCAACGCCUUAUGCCAAGAAGCUGGCGAAGCAGCAUAAGGUGGACUUGAAUUCAGUUAAAGGAACCGGGCCAUUUGGGAGGAUUACUCCUGAAGAUGUUGAGAAAGCAGCUGGAAUCGUGAAGCCAACACCUGUUGUCGCUUCUCCUUCGCUUGAACCGGCUGCUACUGCUUCAGCACCUUCAUUUCCGGCUGCGAAAGCUUCUGGUGAUAGUUUCCCUGUAAUUGAAGGAUCAUCUGUGGUGCCAUUCACAACAAUGCAGGCAGCUGUGGCAAAGAAUAUGAUGGAUAGUUUAUCCGUGCCUACUUUUCGGGUUGGAUAUCCUGUGGUGACUGAUGCUCUUGAUGCUCUGUAUGAGAAGGUGAAAAAGAAGGGUGUAACAAUGACUGCUUUACUAGCGAAAGCUGUUGCGAUGGCGCUUGUUCAGCAUCCUGUGUUGAAUGCUACAUGUAAGGAUGGCAAGAGUUUUACUUAUAAUAGCAGUAUCAACAUUGCUGUUGCUGUGGCAAUUAAUGGUGGAUUGAUCACACCUGUUUUACCAGAUGCAGACAAGUUGGAUCUUUAUUUGCUGUCCCAAAAAUGGAAAGAGUUAGUAGAGAAGGCUCGGUCUAAACAAUUACAGCCUCAUGAAUAUAAUUCAGGUACUUUCACCCUGUCUAAUUUGGGCAUGUUUGGAGUGGAUAGAUUUGAUGCUAUCCUUCCUCCUGGCCAGGGAGCCAUUAUGGCUGUGGGAGCAUCAAAGCCGACUGUUGCUGCUGAUGCGGAUGGUUUCUUCUCAGUCAAGAAUAAAAUGCUGGUGAAUGUCACUGCUGAUCACCGUAUCAUUUAUGGUGCUGACUUGGCUGCCUUCCUCCAGACCUUUUCAAAAAUCAUCCAAAACCCAGACAAUCUAACAAUGUAGAGUAUGAACAGAAUGUACUAAGGUAAAUGUCACUAGAUUACAGCUAUAAAGUUAUGUUGGACUAGUAGCAAAAGAGACUACAGUUAAUCCCAGAUGAAGAGGGUUGCCAUAAAUCAAGAUUAUUUGGCUAGGUUACAUCAGGAUUCAGAUGUACCUUCAAAAAUGGUGUGGUGGUAUUUUCUUCUAGACACAAUUAGAUUAUUUGUUCUCUAUAGGAUUUUGCUUUACUAUCACCAUUUCUCAACUUACAGUAAUGCUGUUUUUGAAGAUGUACGAACAUUUGGAAUUGCGAGUUUCUUGGUAUUGUUAGUCGGGCCUGUUUCCUUUUCCUGAUACAGUUGUUUUCAGAUUUGCAUAGGCGUCAUUGAAAGAUAUAAAUAUGUGCUCAGAGAUUCAUUUGUAAUAGAUCUUAAUUUAAGUUUUGAUAUGAAAUCGUUUGAGCUAAUAGAAAAGCAACUAUUUCUUGGUUGUCAGCUUA